AUGUCGGCUCCUAUGAUAAAUUGGGUUCCUAUUGUGAACAGGAUCUAUAAAUAUGUUGCAAACACUACCAUCGGUUCAUCAACACAGCCAAUAAGUAUCGAACCAGUUGAAAUUCACGACAUUGAAACCGCUCCUGAGAAACGACCAAGGACGUUGAAACAUCUCUUGAAAUCGAACCAUAUUAAUCAUUCAAUUCUUUACAACCACAAUCGAUUUCACAACCAUUUACCACAUCAUCUAGGAUCCGCGUAUCUUCUAGGAGCAGGUUACGAUCAAUUACAAAAGGUUUUCGCAGAAGAAUCAAAACAUCUUGAAGAAUGGCAGGAUUCUCCUGGAGAAAUCACAGAUGCAGAUUGGAGGGAAUUCUUGGGAGAGAAGGUAUACCAGAGGGCGUACGUCGAUUUCUUCGAGGACGAAUUGGCUUUAAAAUACAGUUAUGAUUGGAAGGUCCUGGUAGAGGAAUAUCUCUAUAGCGGGAAAGCUCCUCUCGUCAAUGGUCUGACUUCAGGACUCGGUCACCCCCUUAUUCAUCUCGGUUACGCAGUCGAACUGAAUAGUCGCGAAUUGGCCAUCGAAGCCCUCUCCCUAGCUUCUAGCUGCUACGAUUUCAUGCACAAAUAUCUUGAUGAUCCAUCUUAUACCAAAGCAUCUACCUAUAGCACAACCUCGCCCCUAGAAAUUCUUCACAAAAUACACACAGAUUCGCGAUUAGACGGUGUCUUGGAUGGACCUUCUCCUUCAAAUAUAACCAAAUUAUUCGAUGAACACGAGGAGUUUAUACUCGAGCAUUGGAACGCCUGGAGUAUUGCCGAUCCCCAUAAACAAUUCCAAGAUUCCCAAGAAGCAGCUGUGAACUUGCUGGUACAAACGGUUAAGCCUGGUACUCAUGCAUACGACUUCUUCAUGGUACAUAUCCUCACUACAAGCCAUGCAGUUCGAAUCCUACUACCCUUCGUUCCAGCAAAGUUCCAAAUAAGUUUGAUACGUCAAUGGUGGCUAUUGACAAUUGCCGUAUACUGUUCGCAAAUGAGACCGGAAAUAAACGAAGAUAUUGAGCAAAAACCAGCAAAGGGAUGGAAAUAUGUAGAAGAUAAAGCUAUCAAUGGUGUAUGGUCAACGGAUCCACAUUAUGUUAAAGCAAUACGGGCCAUGAAAGAAGCAGCUUUUACUUGGGGAGAUGUACAUGAGAGAUACCUGUCCAUGGCUGUUACCUUCGCCGAUGAUUUUAAUGGAUGGACGGGAUUUGGAACUAGUGAGUCAGACGUUAUUGGAGGGCAUCUUUGA